AUGAAACGAGCGGGGCACGUGACCCACUUACUAGGCCCAAAGGGGGUUACGACGGCCACCGGCUCCUGCGACGAGGGCGGGAAUUCAUCAUCUGGACCUCCUGGAGAGCCUCCUAUCUGUGAUUUCUCGCUUCCCCCUUGCAAGAAAGAACUGAGUUUCCACCUGUUGUCGGUUUCCGCUCACCAACUGCCUACGGAUCCAGCCACGUCGAGUCUUGUCUGA